AUGUGGAAUCAAGUCGGUGUGAAAGUAAUCCACAAUGCUCCUUAUUUUAUCCGCGGAUUUUGUCGGCGAUGCGUUAAAGGGAAGUUUGCAUCAUGUGCUGGUCAAAGUCAGAGACAGCACAGGAAGACUUCAGUCGUGUCCUGUAACAUACAAACCCGCUGUGUCUCAAAUCCUCCGUGGAGAAUAUUGUUCUUCGGAAGUGACGAUUUCGCAGUAGAGUCUCUGAAACGGCUUCAUGCAGCUCGAGGAGACGGAGCUGAUUCUGUGCUGGACUCGCUCGAGGUUGUCACUUUGUCCAGUAAUGUCCCUGUCCGAAAGUUCGCAGAGCAGCACGAGCUCCGGGUUCAUGAGUGGCCUAGGGUGGAGUCCAGUGGGCAGUUUGAUGUCGGGGUGGUGGUCUCAUUCGGCUGCCUGCUUCAGGAGAGCCUCAUCAACACAUUCCCAUAUGGGAUCCUCAACGUGCACCCUAGCCUCCUGCCUCGGUGGCGUGGACCUGCACCUGUUUUUCACACAAUUCUACAUGGAGACAAACUCACUGGAGUCACCAUCAUGCAGAUUAGGCCGAAGAAGUUUGAUGUUGGUCCGAUACUCAAUCAGGUGUUUUAUGAGGUCCCUGAAAAGAGCACGGCUGAUGAGCUCGGAGGCUCGCUGGCUGCUCUGGGAGCCCAGCUGUUAAUAGACACAUUAAGAAACCUUCCAGAACGAAUAGCAAAUAGGACAGAGCAGGCCAGAGAGGGGGCAACAUUUGCUCCUAAAAUCAACUCUUGUUUGAGUUGGCUCGUGUGGGAAGAGCAGACGUGUGAUCAGAUAGAUCGACUGUAUCGUGCUAUAGGAUCUCGGGUUCAUUUGAGAACAAUCUGGAGGGGCCGUGCCAUCAAACUUCUAGACUUUGUUGGAAAAUGCAACGUGCCAUUCACAGAAAUUUCAAGUUUUGCUGCAGUCCCUGGGUCCAUCCAUUAUCAAAAAGAUUCAAACACACUGUCAGUCUGCUGUAAGGAUGGCUGGGUUGGAUUCAAAACAGUAAUGUUAAAGAAAAGAUUAUCAGCAGCAGAUUUCUUCAAUGGGUAUCUUCACCAGAGUGUCCUGAAGAAAUCACAGUCCCAGAACAGCUGCCAGUUUCAGAGCUACAGAGAGAAAACGGGACAGAAUCCUAAAUCAAUGCUCUGGAAUCAGACCAUUGGUUAAAGCCUGUAACACUCUGUAAACACACAUGAGAAAUUCUGUAUUUUAUUCAUUACAGUGCUUAAAUAAUUGUCUGUUUUAAGACAGUGAGACAGAGUUGUAUGACAUGUUUGCUGCACUGUGUUAUUGUAAAAAGUGUGUGUGUGUGUAUAUACUGAUGAAUGAGUUUAUUUUAAUGAAGUAUUUGCUUUGAACUGAUGUGAUUGUAGCUCAAAGUUGGACCAAUAGCAUCAUUAUGCUGGCCCAAAGAUUUCUCAUUCACAUCUGACUUAUGAAUUAAGUUCUAGAAAGUAAGAAAUUAAAUACAUCCACAGUACUGAAAUAUAAACCUGUAAGUUGUAGAAGUGUAUAAUCUAUGCAGCCUUUUCCUUUGGACAUCUGGCAAGUUUUGGACAUCUGGUCUGACCAUCACACCCAGAUAUAGUUCUUCCCCAAACUGUUGCUACAAAGUUGGAAGCAGACAAGUGUCUAGAAUGACUUUGUAUGCUGUAGUAUAGCAAUUUCCUCUUCACUGGGAUUGAAGGGCCAGUGAUACUCACCAUUGACUUUAUUAAGAACACCUGCACAUUCAUGUAGUUAUCUCAGACCAGUGUUGCCAACCUAGUGACUUUUCAGACCUCUUUAGCAACUUUUUAGGGGGAAAAAAAAAAAAAAAAAAAGCACCUAACGACAAAUCUGGUGACGUUUUGGACAAACCUUAGCAACUUUCCAAAUGGCUUGUUUUCAUGUUCCAUACUUGUCCAUUAUAGUUUUAUAAAAGAGUUACGAAAAGUAACUUUUAAAAAAGUACAAAAAAGCAAAAAAAAAUAUCUAUCUAUCUAUAGAUUACAGAUUUUGGCCUAAGAUUAUAGGAAUCUUUUAGGAUUCUCAAAAUUUGUCUCAGACGACCAAAUCGUGGCCAAAAUCGUACCGUGUGAACCCGGCUUUAAAAUCUUCAAGUGUGUGGCCAGGCUAAGGGGGUGAAGCUAAGAUGCAAGGAAAGGAAAUGAGGAUGCACAAAUAAGAAAUGAAAAGCACCCAGGGUUUACAGGAAAAUACGUGGAAACACUCAUGUCCUAUUUUUCUGACAGUCUCUCAAUUCUGCCAAACGCUAGCUCACAGUCAG